AUGCCCUUUGGUGGGAAGGGGUUGAUUGACGGACACGACCCAAAUCACAGCCGAAUCGUACCCAAUGAGGCUGAAAGUGAGGAACGGAAAAGGGACAGGCUGAAGAGCUGGAUUUCAGGUGCUAUUCAUAAAAGUAACACCCCUGCGUAUGAACAUGCCGUUGUAGACAGAGACACUCAAACUGCGGAGCCGCCCAACUCAUAUUAUCGAGGCACCAGUAAAGGUGUAGGGGGAUCCAUUGAAAACCCAGAUGUGGAGGAGGAUUCAAUGGUAAUGCAAUCGGUCAACGAUUUUAGCGGUCAUCCAGCAACAAGUUCAAGACAUAAUGGGCCGCCUAUGACCUCACAAUAUAAUCAAUAUUCAAGGGAGUGCCACGAAAAUGACAGCCCGAAUUAUGACAACGAAGUUAAAACGCGGUUUGAUCGUGAUAAUAUGAAGGAUCUAAAAAGCAAAAGGGAACAGGUUCAAGGUAUUAUGGAUGCAUAUACAGCUUUGAAUUUUAAGAAUCGCACGAUUGUCAAUUUACAGAAAAAAUUGAAGGAUGUUAUAACGAAGAACAACCACCAUGAAAAGGCACUGUACCGAUUUGUAAAAGAUUUGGAUAGUUGGGUUGCACAAUGUGGGAUAAAUGACAACAGUGACGUGAGGAUCGCCAUCAAAAACAUAUCCACUAUGUUGGAAGCGCAUACUGCAUUCGAAAGUAAUAUGGCUGCUGGGUUAAAGAAAAUUUAUGAAAAGCUUACUGUCGCUGGUUCAAGGGAAACGGAAUUUAAUAACGUCCAGAAGAAACAUCAUAUGGGGAAAAAAAAAUAUGACCAAGCAGUAUUGAAGAGGAACUCCAAGGGAGAUGGUACCAUACACGCUCUUCUCGAAUUUGUGGGUGAUACCCAGACAAGGUUAACGGAAGAAAGGGCCAGAUUUGAAAGUAGUGUCACUCUCGACUUCAGGGAGAUAUUUAUAGAGUUCACACAGCAGGUUUACAACAGUACCAAAAAUCUUGAGGACGUUUCCAAAAAGUACGUUGAAAAGUCUAUCAUGGAGCUCUCUCAUAUUGAUGAAAGACGCACUGUUGAGGUAUUAACCAAGUCUAUGAAUAUGAGAAACGUGCAAGGAAUAGGAAUUGAAACUUCUGGAAAUCGGGUGCAUAGGACUUUGGAGGGCGGUGUUUUUGAUAUAAAAGACCCAUUGUUAGGGAAUGUUUACAAGAAACUUGAAUAUUUGAUUGAAGCACCUCCACUGCCAUCAAGUGCUGAACCACGACUAAAUUUUAAGACUGUAUCUGAAGAUACUUCAUCGUUUGAUUCUGCUAAAAAUAAUGAUGAUGAAGGGAUUGAAACAAUUUUACACGACCAACAAGGAGUAGACCUCUCAAAGAUGCAUAUAAGGGAAGAGUGCAAUAAUACAAUAAGAAACAAUGUACUUGAAGAAAAGGCUGUCGAUAGGGACAUCUUACGAGAAAAAAAGAUGAAUGAAUCUAUAGCCGUACAUCAAAAGUCAUUAGAGCCCAAGAUAAAUGGAGGCUACCCUAGUAAUGUUGUUGAUCAGAGAAUCGAUGAUUUUAUUGACUCCGAAAUUGGGCAUGCUGUUUUCCAAAAUUUUGACACCCACGGAACGUUGGGAACUGCAAGUUUGAAAGAGAAUGGUUGGAGGUCUGCAAUGUUAGAUGAAGAUGAUCAAAUAACCGACAUUUAA